UUAAUGUAUAGAAAUCUCUCUGUCCUCCUUGCAGUUUUCAUCUUGAUGGCGACCGCAGAACCUGCACCGGCCUGGUGGAAACUGACCUUCUUGCGUAAGAAGAAAUCAGAGCCGAAAGUGCUGUACGAAAUCCCUGGAGACCACAGCAGCAACGCCGGGGAGACACCCGGGACACCCGACGCAGCUGCGGACAGCCAGUUUAACGCCCGCUUGGAGCGCAUCGUGGACAAAACGGCGACAAAGGGACGCCAUGUGAAGGUCUCACAUUCGGGCCGCUUUAAAGAGAAGAAGAGAAUCCGCUCUACGCUAGCAGAAAACCCUGACCUGUUCCCUGAGGGAGAAACUAGCGAGAAUAAUACAACUGGAAAAUAGAGUCACUGUGUAAACACACUAGCAUGUGUGUGUGU